AUGGAUUACAUGGGACCAUUGCCAGAAACAGGUCGUGGGAACAAACAUAUCCUAGUGGUUGUUGACCAUUUCACCAAAUGGUGUGAAGCAUUUGCAAUUCCAGAUCAGAAAGCCAGCACAGCUGCGCCACUUUUAGUAAGCUGCAUUUUCUCUCGGAUUGGACCUCCAGCAGUCCUGCAUUCAGAUCAAGGCCGAAACUUUGAAAGCACACUACUACACAAAAUCUGCAACUUUAUGGGUAUUACGAAAACGAGCACCACAAGCUACCAUCCUCAGUGUGAUGGACAAACUGAGCGGCAAAACCGAACUAUUCAGGCUAUGCUUUCAGCUUUUGUUUCAAAUAGAAGAGAUGACUUGUGGCUGGAUUCAGUUACAUUUGCUUACAAUACCAGCAGACAUGACGCAUUAGGCAUUUUUUAG